CUGGUUCGCCAGAAAAAUUAUGACCGCAGACUGAAAAAUAAAAUAAAAAAAUGGCGGCAUCAUCAUCUCAUCUCUUCUUCGCACUCCCUUCGUCGCGUCUCCAUACACCUUCUCCAGCUGCACCAAACCGGAACCGAGUCCGUGUCCUUGCAAAAUCAUGCCCGGAGAAUCAAAGCUUCGAUUCAAACGAUUCAGAUUCUUCCUCGGAGACUUCCGACAAAACGCAGCAGGGGGAUCAGAAAUCGGUGUCACGGAGACAGUGGAUGACGGCAUGUGUGUGCGGAUCCGCAGCUUUAAUUAGCAAUGCUUAUACCUUUGUCUCUGUGGAAAGUGCAGCUGCUUUAGACAAGAAACCAGGAGGUUCAUGCCGUAACUGUCAGGGCAGUGGUGCUGUUCUUUGUGAUAUGUGUGGUGGUACAGGAAAAUGGAAAGCUCUCAACCGAAAACGUGCCAAAGAUGUAUAUGAGUUUACGGAAUGUCCAAAUUGUUACGGUCGAGGAAAGCUUGUUUGCCCGGUCUGUUUAGGUACAGGUUUACCAAACAACAAAGGUCUUCUUAGAAGGCCUGGUGCUCGCGAGCUACUCCAAAAGAUGUACAACGGUCGGCUCCUUCCUGAUUCAUGAGCAGAUUGUGUUACUGCAAAUCUUGCUUUUAAGCACAGAGUCAAUAGACAUGAUUACAGCAGCGGAAAAAAACUUACACAUUGAGGAAGCAUGGAAAGUAUAGAAGAAUUUGAACAAUUCAACAUGUUUUUGUAAUGUGAUAAGUUUGAAGGUGAUGAUCUCUUCUCUCUUAUCUCUUCUCAAUUCCCCAAUACAAACUAUGAACCCUAAAUGAUAAGAUUGGAGUUACAGUUCUCCUCUCUUAUCACCUUGAACAGAGCACGCAAGCUCUCUAACAAACUCUCAACUUCAAUGAUCACGCAGGAUGAUCUAUAUUUUUCCUCUCUAGCUCUAUUUAUACUC